AUGUCGACCACACCACCUCGGUCAAGCUCGCCGGCCAGGUCCGCGCCCGGCUCACCAAAGGCCGGCCCUUCUACUUCUCCUAGAAGGCCAGCAGUCGUUCCACCUGCUCAGAAGUCGGGCAACACCCGCAUGGAGCUACCUCCUGAUGCCUAUGUGUCCGACACGCAAAAGUCCAGAUUUGCCCUACGUGGUGGCAAGUUCAACACCGAGGGUAAACCGGCUCAGAUUGCCGUCAACCAAUAUCGGUUGAAGAGUCUGAACUACGAUGGCAAGAUCCAUCAGUAUGACAUCAAUGUUUCCUCUAUUCCCGAGUCCAACAAGAGGCUCCCAGUGAAGAAGAUUCUGGAGCAUCGUGCGACCAAAGAAGCACUCAAGCCUUACAAUUCCAAAAUGUGGAUUUUUGACGGAAAGGCAUUGGCAUGGGCACCUACCUAUGUCAAGCAAUUGAAAUUCAAGGUCGACCUUGAUGAGGAGAAGCGAGCUGCUGGAGAGAAGCCUCGACCUGGUUCGGUGUUCGAAGUCAUCAUCAAGGCAACGACUGAGAUCAACCUAGCCAUCAUCGCGGCCUACUUGGAGAGUCGCGUCCAAUUCAAUAACGUUGUUGUUGAAGCAAUGAGCUUCUUGGACCAUCUGCUCCGCCAAGGUGCUUCUGAGCGCCUGCUCUCUAUCAAGCGCAACUUUUACGACACAAAAGCAAAGGGCAGUCACCUCUCAGAUGGAGGCGUUGUUGAAGUCCACAAGGGACUGUAUGCCUCAAUUCGCUUCAGCCAGGACAUGAGCAGUGGGGGUAUCGGCCUCUCUCUCAAUGUCGAUGUUGCCAACACAGCGUUUUGGGUAGGCGACCAGCGACUGAGCGACAUGCUCCCACGCUUUCUCGCCAACUGUGAUUCUCAAUGGAGGGGUUUGACUCCUGCCAGACUCGUUGAUGUCCUCAGGCCCAAGAAACGUCCUGGUGCCAACGAUAACUGGCACUCGUCUGAUGCUUUCAAGCAUCUCCGUAAACUGAGACGCCUCAAGUUUACUGUCAAACACAGAGGUCGCCCGGAAGGAGUCGCCGAUAUGGUGUACACCUUUCGAGACAUCAUGUUUGAGGAGAAGUAUGGAGCCGAUGGUGCCAACUCCAGAAACGUCAAGUUCGAUUUCAACGGAAAGCAGACUUCCGUUCUUGACUACUACGUGCAAAAAUACCAACAGCACCUUCGCGCGCCUGGUCUUCCUCUAAUCGAUGCCGGUACAGGCGGCGCGAUUCCCAUGGAAAUGGCUUACAUUGUGCCAAUGCAGAGAUACCCGUUCAAGCUCAACUCUGAUCAGACUGCCAACAUGAUCAAAAUUGCAGUCACCCGGCCCAACGAAAGGAGGAAGGCCAUUGAAGACAAGACAAAGAUGUUGAGACUUGACGAGGACCCAUACCUGAAGCAUUAUGGCAUCACCUUUGAGGAGAAAUUUUCGACCACAAAGGCAAAGGUCAUUCCACCUCCGAUCGUCAAGUUCCGCGCCGGUGGCACUGCGAAGCCCCAAUUCUCGGGCCGGUGGAGAAUCGACAAUCUCAAGUUCUGGACACCGAACAAAAUCCCUCUUCAAAGUUGGGGAAUCGUUGCAAUGGGUGAUUGCUGUGACAAGGAAACCCUUGUGUCAUUUACACAAACGUUCAAGAUGACCUUCAAGAGGCACGGUGGACUUGUUGAGAGCGAUCCAGUCAUCGUUCCCCCUUGGUCUCUGCAGAAUAAAGGAAGGCCCAGGAAUGAGGAUAUCACCAUCGGUGGGACUAAUGGCGCUACCGUGGUCCUCAGAGCCCAUGAGAUGAUCACGAAGGAGAGAAAGUUGCAUACGCAGCUCCUGUUCAUUGUCGUCCCGUCCAAGGGCAGCCCUUUUUACGAGCGUGUGAAGAAGAAUGCUGAUUGCCGCUUUGGUUUCCUGUCCCAGGUUGUUCAGCGAGGACAUGUUCAACAAAACCAGGCCCAGUAUCACUCGAACGUCUGCAUGAAAGUCAAUGCUAAGCUGGGAGGUGCCACUGCGCGAACUGACCCUCCUUGGCCGACUACUGGCACUUACUUCCCCUCUAACCGGCCGACAAUGGUUAUUGGUGUGGACGUCUCUCACGCCGCACCUGGAGGCAAUACUGCUUCUAUUGCAGCCAUGACGAUGAAUGCCGAUGCUAACUGCAUUCGAUUCAAUGCUGCCGUCCAGACAAAUGGCUACAGGACCGAGAUGAUUACAGACAAGAAUAUGGCUAGGAUGUUCGGCAAACUAGUGAUGGAUUGGCGGGCCGGACACCCCGGUUUAUUCCCGGCUCAUCUCAUAUAUUUCCGCGAUGGUGUUGGCGAGGGGCAAUUUGCCCAAGUUAUCGACCAAGAGAUUGGCGCGAUUCGGAGGUACUUUGGGGCAAAAUGCCCAAAAAUCACGGUCAUUGUUGCUACAAAGAGGCACCAUAUUCGGUUCUUUCCUCCUCAGGGCGCUGGCGACAGAAAUUCGAACCCUCUGCCCGGAACUCUGGUCGAGCAUGAAGUGACACAUCCAUUCAUGUUUGACUUCUUCUUGAACUCGCAUGUUGCCAUCCAGGGAACCGCUCGGCCUGUUCACUACUAUGUGCUUCUUGACGAGUUCAACGUGCCUAUCAAUGGCCUGCAGAGGAUGAUCUAUCAUCAAUGCUACUCCUACAUCAGAUCCACUACUCCAGUGUCCCUGCACCCUGCAGUAUACUACGCUCAUCUGGCAGGCAGCCGAGCUCGCUGCCAUGAGAACGCUCCGUCAGGCGAUGGGCCUAGACACGGAGGCGCUGGUGUUGAGAUGCUUACGGAUAGAAUUGCUAAGGGGUUCCAUAUUGGACCCAAGGCUGAAGACCUGAAGGGCGAGGAGGCGCCCGAUCUUUUGCCUCUCGGUCCCAGGGAUCGACUUGAGUUCAUGGAGAGAACUAUGUGGUUUAUCUAA